CUCCAAUAUUGAUUUACGUAAUUGUUAUACGUACCAGAGGGCAGCAUCAGUUUGCCCAUCUAUAUAUACACACGGAUACAUAACAUACACAGAAGAAGAAAAAAACGACAUCAAAAGUGAGAAAUAACAAGAGACGACGACAUAUCUUUUGUUGUUUGUUAUUUAAACAAAUCAAACGACGGAAUUGUUAUACAAUAACAACAGCUAGAGAUAAAAGAGCAAGUGUGACAUUUUGUUUAUAAUCGCCAUCAGUACGUAUGGUGCGUUCGGAGAAAGAAAAAUCUCAAUCGAAUAAUGGUAAAAAACCAACAAAAUCAUCCGAUUGUGAAAAUGAAUACAUGACCACAUCGGAAUCAGACUCACCGACGACUGAAACGGGCCGUGACUCAGUGCAUCAACAAAAUUUAUACAUUGUUUCAUUUCCAAUUAUAAUUUUAUUUAACAUUUUACGUUCGAUUUUAUAUCAAAUUUUUAUCAUUUUUAAAUAUAUUUUCAAUGUUAGUUCACAUUAUAUGCCGCUACGAAAACGGCAAACCCCGAAUAAUAUUCAAGUUUGUGUGAAUCAUAGUGAAGAAAAAGUUCAAGAAUUGAACAGUCAAGUAAAUGACAGCAUCGGUAUGACAUCGUCACGUCCAUCACAUCAUCAAAUUUCUGGCCCUGGUCCUGGCGAUCCGUUGCUUGCCAAACAGAAGCACCAUCAUCGACGUGCAUUUGAAUAUAUUUCAAAAGCGCUCAAAAUUGACGAAGAAAAUGAAGGACAAAAAGAAGUUGCCAUCGAAUUGUAUAGAAAAGGAAUUCGUGAAUUGGAACUCGGAAUCGCUGUAGACUGUUGGGGUGGACGUGGUGAAAUUUAUGAAAGAGCACAACGAUUGCACGAUAAAAUGCAGACCAAUUUAUCGAUGGCUAGAGAUAGAUUACACUUUUUAGCCUCAGGACAAAAACUUAUCGUAGUAAAUAAAAAGAGUAGUGGAGGUUUGACCAAUAAAUCUCAAACACUACCCAGAAGCAUGGGAUCACGUGUACCCUCCCUAUCCGAUGGACGACCUCAACGGCUUCCCACCAAACCAGCAACAACACCGCCAGUCAUUCGCAGACAAUUUUCGAUAACUGGUUCACCAAUACACAAACCAACAACUGGUCGCAGUACACCACCGUUACGUUCACGAUCUGGAACAGUGACACCAACAUCGAAUAAUGCUGGUGUUGGAAUCGCCCCACAAAUAAUACAGGUCAAAGGAGUCGACAACAAGCUAGUUCAAAUCAUUAUGGACGAAAUUGUCGAGGGUGGUGCUAAAGUUAGAUGGAGUGAUAUUGCUGGUCAAGAGGUGGCAAAACAAGCCCUUCAAGAAAUGGUUAUACUGCCUGCUGUUCGUCCAGAACUAUUUACGGGGCUUCGUUCGCCAGCCAAAGGCCUGCUUUUGUUUGGUCCGGCUGGUAAUGGCAAAACAUUAUUGGCACGUGCAAUUGCUACUGAGUGUUCAGCAACAUUUUUUAAUAUAUCGGCUGCAUCGCUAACAAGUAAAUAUGUGGGUGAUGGUGAAAAAUUGGUGCGUGCACUAUUUUCAGUUGCACGAAAAUUGCAGCCAUCCAUCAUAUUUAUUGAUGAAAUCGAUUCAUUGCUAUCGGAACGAAAUUCGAGCGAGCAUGAAGCGUCGCGUCGCCUAAAAACCGAAUUUCUUGUUGAAUUUGAUGGACUGGGUAGUCAAGAGAAUGAUCGAAUUGUGGUCCUUGGAGCCACAAAUCGACCCCAAGAAUUGGAUGAAGCAGCGCUACGUCGAUUCACAAAACGUGUCUAUGUUACAUUACCCGAUGCACACACCCGACAACAUUUGAUUCGAAGUCUGUUAGCAAAACAAGGCUGUCAAUUGUCCGACGAUAUUAUUCAAAAUUUGGCCGUCUAUACCGACGGUUAUUCUGGAUCAGAUCUCACAGCAUUAGCCAAAGAUGCCGCUUUGGAACCCAUUCGAGGAAUCGAUGUGGAACAAGUGAGAAAUGUAAAUCUUAAGGAAAUUCGGCCGAUAAAUGAACAAGAUUUUAUAAAUUCAUUGAAACGAAUACGACGUUCUGUUGCACCACAAAGUAUUAUCGCUUAUGAAAAAUGGGCCAGAGACUAUGGUGAUGUAACCUAUUAGACAUGCUAUGUUGACACAUAUAUUGCAAUUUGCUAAACAAAUGAUUUUACUUGACUUGGAUUUGAGUGGCUCAGAAUGAAAGUUUGUUGGACCGAUGCAGACCCUUUGUAUCCAUGUUAUUACUAGCUACUCGAUAACAGUGAUUGGCUUCUGUCUGGGCCACUCAAUUUUCAAAACAAAACAAAGAAAAAUAAUCGAUAAAUAUUUUCAAAACUAAAAAAAUUCCGCUUCAAAAUAACUCAAAUUGCAGAGUACUGAUUUUCGGAAUUUAACUAAUUUCGAAUGGGAUGAGAAAUGUCACAUAAGAGCUGAGACUGUUUCCCACAGCAAUAUAUGUGAGGAGGAGCGCUCUGAAGUGCCGAAGAAGUACUGAGAAGCAGAGAUUCUUCUCUAAAAUCAUAACAUAAUAUUAUCAAUUUUUAUAACUCUUAAUAGUAGGCUCCUUCGGCUCUUCAGAGCACUCCUAUACACCUGUAUUGCUAUGAGAAACAGUCUCUGCAUAAGAGACUAGUUUGUAAAGAAUUUGUCAAGAAGUAGAAUUUUGAAAGCAUUGCACUAGCAUAAAGAACGUCAUUUUUUCGUUUCCUUCGUCGAUAUGAUGAAUACAUACUUAUUUCAUCUAUAUUUCGUCCACUUCUGAUCUUUGGCCGAUUCAAAAUAAAAUAUUCAUCUCUCACCAUAUUCUUCACUUGAUAUUAGUUGAAUUCGGCAAUCGACCCCAUUCUAAUAACUUCUAUGUAUGUUUCGAUUAUAAGAAAUUAGCUAAUCAACAAUUGAAAAAGAUACACAAAACAAAUACUUUGAUUUUUCAUUCUGUACUUUGUAA